AUGCGUCUUCAGACAGGCGCCUCUGCUGUGGCUUUCGCCGCGGCUGCUAGUGCCACCUCCCUCAGUGAUGUGUGUACCGUUUCCAAUGUGAAGGCUGCUCUGCCUUCCAACGGUACCAUCCUGGGCGUUAAUGUGCUUCCCUCGCUGGCUACCGCCAACACCGCCACUAGCGAGUCCUACAGCUACUGCAACGUCACUGUGACCUACACUCACCCCGGCAAGGGCGACACUGUUGUCGUUCAGUACGCUCUCCCUGAGCCUUCCGACUACAAGAAGCGUUUCUAUGUUGCUGGAGGUGGUGGCUAUUCUCUGUCGUCCACUUCCACCGGUGGUCUUGAGUACGGUGCUGUCGGAGGUGCUACCUCCGCUGGUUACGGUGCCCUGGAUGGUACUACCUACGACGAGGUCGUCCUUUACGGCAACGGCUCUAUCAACUGGGACGCCACUCACAUGUUCGGCUACCAGGCACUCGGUGAGAUGACCAAGCUCGGCAAGUAUUUCACAAAGGGCUUCUACGGCCAGUCCGCCAGCUCCAAGCUCUACACCUACUACGAGGGCUGCUCCGAUGGCGGUCGCGAGGGUAUGAGCCAGAUUCAACGCUACGGAGAUGAGUACGACGGUGCCAUUACUGGUGCUCCCGCCUUCCGCUACGGCCAGCAGCAGGUUAACCACCUACUCCCCAACGCCAUCGUCAACGAGACCAUCAAGGCAUGCGACCCUCUCGACGGCCGCACCGACGGUGUCAUCGCCCGUAGUGACCUCUGCAUGUUGAACUUCAACAUGUCCUCCAUCAUCGGCACAAAGUACUACUGCGCCGCUGAGUCCGCCACAUCUCAGGGCUUCGGCUUCAGCAAGCGUGCUGAAGGUAGCACAACAAGCUACGAACCCGCUCAGAACGGCACCGUAACUGCCCAGGACGUCGCCGUCGCCCAGGGCAUCGUCAACGGUCUCCACAACAGCAAGGGCGAGCGCGCCUACCUUGCGUGGCAAAUCGGUUCCUCCUUCGAUGACGCCGAGACGGAGUGGAACAACAACACCAAUGCCUGGGAAUUGGACAUCACCUCCCUCGGUGGUGAAUUCGUCGCCAAGUUCGUCGAGCUCGUUGACCUCGAUAACCUCUCCUCCUUCGAAGGCGUUACCUACGACACCCUCGUCGAGUGGAUGAACACCGCUAUGGUCCGCUACAUGGAUACCCUCCAGACUACCCUGCCCGAUCUUACUACCUUCCACGAGAACGGCGGUAAGCUCAUCCACUACCACGGAGAGCAGGACAACUCUGUCCCCACCGCUUCCUCCGUCCACUACUGGCAGUCUGUCCGUGAUAUCAUGUACCCCGGCAUGUCGAGCUCUAAGAGCCUCUCCAAGCUGAAGGACUGGUACCAGCUUUACCUUAUCCCUGGUGCUGCUCACUGUGGCACUAACUCCCUGCAGCCUGGUCCUUACCCCGAGGAUAACAUGCAGACCAUGAUCAACUGGGUCGAGAACGGAGUUAAGCCUAUGCGUCUUAACUCAACUGUUUCUUCCGGCGACUAUGCUGGUGAGACCCAGAUGCUGUGCCAGUUCCCAACUCGUCCCCUGUGGAAGGAUAACUCUACCUUCGACUGUGUCUUUGACAAGGCUUCUUAUGAGAGCUGGACUUAUGAGUUCCCCGCUUUCAAGGUCCCCGUUUACUAA